AACUUUGAGAACUAAUAACAAAACUAUUAAACAAAGUGAAUUAGUUGGUGACCCUAAUAUUGAACAACCUACAAUCAAGCUAAUUUUUUUUCAAGAAAUUAGCAAAUAUAUCAUCGUUGCAAUUAAUGACUUGGAAUACAAUGCUGAACUUUCACACUCUUUUUGUAUUCAACUUGAUGAGAAUACUCUUAAUAAUAUUGAAACGGAUGUUAAAAUUAUGGCUAAAUUAAUAAUAGAUGAAAUAGAGGAAGGAGAUAGCUAUAACUGGACUAUUGAAAAUGCUUAUUUCACAUGUUUCCAAAGUUAUGAACUUAUGUGUAAAUACAAAGAUUCUAGUUAUGAGAGAAUUGUUCGUUAUAAUUGUAAUAGCAAAAUAUCAAUUAAAAUUGAUAUUCCCGCAAAAAAAGCCAAGGUAGUUUUAAAUUAUAAAUUUCUUCAUGAAAAACCUACUGAUAUUGAAACUCCAGAUGAAAUAAAACAAGAGAUUAGUAAAAAUUUAUAUUUAAAUCCUAUGGAAUUACAAAAAUAUCUUCAUAAGAAAGCUAUAGAAGAAUUUAAUUUUAUAAAUUCUUCCUUUAUACCAGAUCAGCGACGUAAAGAUAAAGAAUAUUAUAUAGUUUGCUUAUCUGCUUUUCAUAAAACUGUUAUUGAAAUG